GUAGACGCGUGGGAAUACUAACGUUUUGAUUACGUUGUGGGUUAACAAUUUGUGUAGUGUGAGGGUCGACACUCACACAGAUAGUGACCACUGACUAGUAUUGGAAGAAGGUGAUCAAACAUGCGGUCAGCAAGGCAGUCACAUUUCUUGAACCACCUGGUGCACCGGCGUGGGAAGAUGGAAGUGGAGGAGGAAAUACCUGACACUAAGGAUGCGUCCAGGCCCUUCCUCACCAGAAAUACAGGUGAGGUUGGGAUCUACAUUGACCCAAUCGAUGCUAAGGCAGUUAACCCAAAAGAGUUUGGCCUGGAGCACUGCUUCAUGAUGGCAGUUAGGGACAGCCUGCUGGAGUACCUGUACGAGGUGGACCUGGUGAAGGUGAAGGGUGCCCUUGAACGUAGAGGAUUGUUCAAGGGGUCAUCUUGGAGGAAAUACGGAAAGGUAGGGCAACAUAGAAGAUGUGACAGUUACAUGGCCAGUAUGAUCUUGAUAGUUACCUUCGAUCACCUUGAGGGUCUGGAGAGUCUUUGGAGGCUUUGGGAGAAGGACAAAUUGUCGGCAUUGUUCCAGGAACUGUUCGUCACCAACGACACACUGAAGCAAUGCUGUGUGACUCGACUGACUAUUCGCGCCAAAAUGUGGGAGGAUGAGUAUGUGGAUUGCAAAGAAGAGAUGCUCAACAGGUCCAGUGAGCGAGUCAGCAUUGCCAAGUUCCCUAAUGACAUACGAAUCCUGAAAGAGAUCCGGGAUUGCCAGAAACAGCUUGGCGAGGACACCACGAGGAUGAGGGACAUGGAGAACGAUUUCGAGCUGAAUCUGGACGACUUCAUGAUCUGCGUGAAACGCAUCCUGCCAGAUGAUGUUGCUGUAAUCCACUCACUGGGUGACUUCCGCAACUCUGUCACAGUAGCUAAGGGCAUCCGGAAAACAGGAUUUGAAUCCAUCGACAUAUAUCUUGAUACUCUUGAUGUCAUUGAAGAGAUCUUUGAUAACUUGGAGAGGGUUUUCUGCUACCGGCUUUCCCAAAUUCACGGAGUGUGCCAGACGGAGGAACAGAAAGACAAAGUGGAGAUGAUCAAGGCAAGCAGGAAGGAUAUGGAAGAACUCCUUAAACCAGACCACAGUCUUCUCAAAGUUCGGUUCAAAGACUGGGAAGUUAAGAUUAAUCAGCGUGAAAAGAAAUUAUUUGUAGGGCUAAUUAGUUUGAUACCAAUAGCACUGGAGAAGGUCAUUGAUAUAGAUCAUUAUAUAGAUGAGUUCAUUACCGCUUUCCCGGAACAGAUCGCAUAGUGGAUUGAAACAAACAUUGUCGUAUCUGUCCGAAGGUGUCAGAAGAAGACAUAUCGGUUUGCCGACAUAAUGGCAUCCACUCUCCCCAUUAUGUAAAUUGAUCACAGAUUUUAAUAUCCCCAGUUGCAACUUUAAGUCACUCCUUCCAAAUACAUGUAAUGCAAUUGAGUACAUGUCCAUUUAUAUGUUAAUGCGAGAUUAGAUAGGCGUUUUAAAUCUUGGUGUAUGUAUUUACUUUUGAGAACAUGUGUACAUGUGUAUGUAAACAAAUUUAUCUUACCUCGCAUAUAAAAGACAUAAAUUUCUGAUUGGA